AUGGAGCUCCCGCCCUUUCUAUCUAGCGAGCCAAUGCAAGGCGAUCCAUCAUGCACCUGGGCCAGCUAUCUGCUACCACAGCUCAGGCGCUUCCCGCAGGAUGGCAAACCGAUUCACUUCCGCAAGUUCUUGGGACACGGGGUCGAAGGCUGCGUUGCCAGGGUCAAGUUUGGUGAAGAUCAAGAUACGGCUUUUGCGCUGAAGACUCGGGAGGCCCGUCUGGUUGCCGUGCUCGAGAAAGUCCAGGCUCAGCUCCAGGGGGCAUCGCCCGAAGCCGUGCACGUCCCGGUCCAGAGGAAGAGCCGCCGUGACUGCCUGCGGUGCUUGUUCGCAUUUUCAAACGAGGGCCGCCGGAUACGGCCGUUUGACACGCUUCCGGCGGAGCAGCGGACAGAAGUCUGCGCCUCGCAGACGCGCAUCCGGCGCUGCUUCGGCUGGACUGUGGUGCGGGGUGAAGACGUGGCUUGUCUGAAUCGCUACAUCUCGAUCGACUCCCGAGCCUUGCGCAAGGGCGAAGCCACUGCUAGCUAUUUCGACCGCGGCCGGCAGUAUAUCGGCAUCGUGUACGAGUAUGUCCCCAAAGCGGCUCUGGAGCAGGAGGCAGUGCGGCGCCAGCUAGACUUCUUCCACUGGACCGGCUUUCAACGCUGCCAGGCAGUCAAGCAGGCCAAC